AUGUCUACUCACAACGUCUCCAGUCGCGCGACGGAUAUCGACACAGCAAAGCACGUCAAAGACAACAAGACAGUAACAAAAAGAGAUGUUCUUGGGGAGAUUCAAGGCAAAGGAGUCUCUUCGACGCAUGCUUCUCGACCUAGGAAUAUGACUCCUCAUUGCGGAUCAUCACCUCGACUGCCUCAUCAUGAAUCCCUGAAACCCGAAGCCAACCUGUCGGUUCGCGAAAAUGUCGCCGGAAAGAUUCCCACCAUUGAGAACAAACGAAUCUCGACUGUUGCCGAUGAGGUCGUUGGCGAUGCCAAGAGAGAUUCUCAGGCUUCUUCCAGUUCAAAUCCUACUACGAAAAAUAAGAGGAAAACACAUGUCGGGCCAUGGCAAUUGGGCAGGACACUUGGCAAAGGAGCUACUGGCAGGGUUCGACUUGCAAAACACUCCAUGACAGGCCAAGUUGCAGCGGUGAAAAUCGUUUCCAAAAAAUCUGCUGCUCUCGUUCAGAGCGCAAGUAUGGCUCGCAUGGACAAAGAAGACACAACCGCAAUGAUUGCAGCAGGCCCGCGUACCAUGCCGUUUGGAAUCGAACGCGAGGUCGUUAUCAUGAAGCUCAUCGCGCAUCCAAAUAUUAUCAACCUUUACGAUAUCUGGGAAAAUCGUGGAGAACUCUAUCUUGUCCUUGAACAUGUUGCCGGUGGUGAGCUAUUCGACUACGUCUCAAGUAAUGGAGCCUUGCCUGAAGGCGAGGCAGUCAGACUAUUCCGUCAAAUUAUUGCAGGCUUGUCGUACUGCCAUCGCUUCAACAUCUGCCAUCGAGACCUAAAACCAGAAAAUAUUCUUCUCGACAGUCAGCGGAACAUCAAACUGGCAGAUUUUGGAAUGGCAGCUCUUCAGCCAAAUGGCACUUGGCUUAAUACUUCCUGCGGAAGUCCACACUAUGCAGCCCCCGAGAUCAUUCUGGGCCAGCAAUAUCGUGGUGAUCUUGCAGAUAUCUGGAGUGUUGGCAUUAUUCUCUUCGCCAUGUUGAACGGGUUCCUGCCGUUCGACGGAGGCACUGUCCAAAACACCCUUCGCCUUGUAAAGAAAGGCGAAUAUUUUCUCCCGCCAAUGCUAAGCGUUGAGGCAUCUGACCUAAUUCAACGGAUAUUGCAAAAGAGACCAGAAAAGAGGAUCACCAUGGCUAAUAUUUGGGCACAUCCACUCCUGCGCAAGUACGAGAAAUACCAUGCCAGUUUGGUUUCUCCUGAUGAGCUCAUCGGUCCUGCUCCGCCUUUGAGUCUUGAAACUCAAGCGAAACGUGUCAAUAAGAGGUCCGACAUUGAUUCUGAAAUUCUCAGCAACCUCUCAACUUUGUGGCACGGUCUCAAGGUCGAAGAACUGACAAAGAGAUUGCUGAAUGACGAACCCAACCACGAAAAGCUUUUCUAUUGGGCAUUGAUCAAGUUCAGGGAGGACCAGCUGGAGAACUAUCCGGGUGAGCCUAUUCAAUACUCUGCCAGCGACCAUCAUCAUGUCAGCAAGCCCGCGCUCAAGCCGAGCAAUCGAUCUACCACUGCUCGUGGCCAUUAUCGUCGCACUUCCCAAUAUUCUAUUGUCAGUGAUGAGACAAGUCAUCGUGAUGGGUACUACAAGAAUGCGGCUACAGCAACUAGCAAAGUGACCAACAGCAGUUAUGAUCCAUAUCGGGCUUCCAGAAACCCUAUCUCUGAACCUCGUCCUGAAUUGGGGACAGUCGUCGUACGCCGCCCAGCUGUGGCUGCUGGUCAUGCGGUAGGACCAAGUAGUGUUCGACACAAAGUCCUGGAGCGGCUCCAGGACGACGUUCCCGCAAUGCCUAGCUUCACAUCCGAAGAGCUUAAGCGUCUCAUCCAGAAGAAGAGAGCCUCAUAUUCAACUGCAACGUCCAAGAGCUCACUCUCUAGUACAAGACGUCGUCCCGGUAUUCGAAAAUCUGUGAGCUAUAAACGCCAAAUCAGUUUCCCUCAUCGCCGCCAAACACCUUCUGGAUGUAUCAACGGCAAUGGUCGAGCCAUGUACGACAGUAGCUCCAGCGACCGACCACACACUCGCAGUACAAGUAACCCCAGAACCGAAUCACAGAGCACACCGAGCCUGGCGACACCUUCACAAGCAUAUCAACCCCGUAAAUCAAGUUCAGAAAUGGACAUUAAAAAAUCUCGUGCUGCCAGCUACUAUUGGAAGGAUGAAACAAGAAAGGUCAGCGCCGAGCUGGGCAAAAUUUGCGAGGAAGCUUUCAACAGAUCCUCUGUGUCUACUACGAUGAGCGAGGCUAGCCCUCAUGCUCUAUUUGAAUCAUCUGCGACAUCGAUGUCAGUACAUCAGCAACGCAUACCAGAGAGCAUUCGUAACAGACCUCUGCCUGCCACGCCAAUACUGCAAGAGCUGAUUGAAUAUCGUCACAAGAUCGUCGAGACCUGGGGCGAUGGUGACAGAGCGGUCCUAGCAGAUGUACUCGCGACGAUUGACAAACGCAUUGAUGCCGAGGUUGACAAACAGCUGAAUCUCGACAAGCGAGCAGCUUCUGAUCCAACACGGGGUUUCCUCACGCCCCCGAAACAGAAAGUCGCCUCUACCGACCCGGAGGAGGACGUGAGACGAGAUCGUGAGCGAGCUCGAGCUGCUUCCGAACCUCUCAAGUAUAAGACUCCUCGUGGUCGACAGGAUAAUACGAUUCGCCUUGUAACGCCUGAUCAGACAUCGCCCUUGGCUCGGCUCGAGCCACUGAAAGUGCGCAAAAAUAAAGCGAUGCCGAUCAAUUCUUUGCGUGGAGGCCCUCUGAAUGCGGCAAGAACCCAGCAUGAUCGCGUGGGGUAUGACAAGCGUCUCUAUGAACGAACAGGUUUGGACACCAUCGAGGAGAACCCUGGUUCACCGAGGAAGCCUGUUUCGCGCAAAUGGUCAUGGCUCGGUAGGCGUGGAUCAGGUGGUCACGACCUGCUAGAAGCCAUGCAAGCUACCGAACAGACCAAGCACAGCAUCGACACUCAUUCUUCUUCUCAAGUUGUGCAGCCUAGCGAGUCGACCAAUUCAUCUAUCCUUACAAGAGGCAAAGACAGCGAUCCCGAACCUGGUGACAUCGAGUUGAAUGUCGAAAAGAAGAGGAGGUGGUUUCAGAAGAUGUUCGGAAAGACGAAAGUUAAGGGCGGCUUGUCGAACACUGGUGGUGAAAAUCGCACUGCCCGUGAUCCUUGCAACGGCCUAGACCAGGAAGAUGGAACGUCUGUCGACGUCAGUGAGGAGAAUGUCCUGGCUCGAAGAUGUUUCCCUCCAGUAACAAGCGUCGAUGCUGCUUCUGCAGCGGCAGCCCUUGGUCCAAUUGAGAUCAGUCAGAACUGGUUUGCCAAAUUCUUCCAUAUCAAGCCGGCGAGCCGUGUCAUUUGUCUUCAAGUUGGCAAACACAAAGCCAGGAAGGAGCUGGUUAAGAUUUUGAAAGAGUGGCGUAAGUAUGGCAUUAAAGACGUGGUCUCCGAGCGCAGAACCGGUGGCGACGUGGUCCGAGGUCGCGUAGACAUGUCGAAUUAUCUUCAGUUGAAGCCAGUGCAUUUCCAUGCAUACGUUUACUCAGUGCUCGAACAUGGUCGAAAAGCAAACUUGAGUGUCCUGAAAUUCACACAGGAGAAAGGUGCCGCCAGCAGCUUCUACAAGGUCGUCGACACCUUGGAAGCAGUCUUGAAAGAGCGGGAAUUGAAUUGGUACUGGGGACAUAUUCUUGGACUUGUGCAAGGUGCCCAAGGUCUUUUGUACAUUCGCUUGAAACGGUUCUUGGACAAGAUUGUUAGGAAGCUCGAAGCCAUGGCGGCCACCGAGAAAGACCAGGAGGUCAUUCGAAUCGCUCGAGGUCUCGAGCACGUCCCUUGGUGCGAUGACUAUGAGAGAAUGAUAUCGGGGAUGUUGUACGACGCUUUCAUCCCCGAACUUGAAACUUCCCGAUGGAGGGCCCGAAAGUGGUAUCAUCGGUACAACACCCAGUUUCCGGGUUUGGACGACCCCGACUCGACCAUGCAGCAAGGGGCACAGGCGAGGUUCGAGAUGCUCAAGGACAUUUUGGGCCGAGUGGGAGAGGACGCCUUCAUCGAACCGCCAUUCUACUUGGAUUACGGUUGUAAUGUUUUGCUUGGGGAGAGGUUUUAUGCCGGUGUCAAUCUCACAAUCCUCGACUGUUCAAUCGUCACCAUCGGCGACCGUGUCAUGGUCGGUCCGUUCGUCAGCAUAUUUGCCGCCACGCACGAGACCGAGGUCGCCUCGCGCCGGGACAAUGUCGAGUUUGCUCGCAGGGUCACGAUCGGCGACGACUGUUGGAUCGGUGGGCAGACGGUCAUCCUGCCGGGAGUGACCAUCGGUAAAGGAUGCACGAUCGGCGCCGGGAGCGUGGUCAGUCGAGACAUCCCGGACUGGAGCGUCGCCAUGGGGUCUCCGGCCAAAGUGGUCAAGACGGUCACGGCGUUGGAGGACAUGAAAAAUGAGAGGGCGAGUUUCGUGGCAAGAGAGAGGCAGGGAUGAUUUUUCGACGGG